GUGGAGAGCACACUGUUGCGGUGCGCAUACAGCCGGCCUAACGCAGUCCUUUUCAUCGAAGCAAUAAACCAAUCGGAGGUGCCACAUACACACAUACCACAUGGGACGGUGAAGUAAAAACAACAAUGAAGUGGACUCUACUGCUGUGGCUGUACGUGACACUGGCUCCAGCAUCUGCUCUGGCGGAGGAGAUACAGUUGAUGCCGACCGCUGCGAUACUGACGUCGACCACACCCCACAACGCUAAUGUUGAACGAGAUGAUUUUCUCAUCGAAGACCGACUUAACGGACCCUUAACGGAGUCCGCUAAAGAUAAUACUGAAACUCUUGAUACUGAAGAAGAAAUUCCAGAUACUGAAAACGAAAUUCCAGACAGUGAAAACGAAAUUCCAGACACUGAAAUCGAAAUUCCAGAUCCUGAACACGAAAUUCCAGAUACCGAAAACAUAAAUCCAGAUACUGAAAACGGAAUUCCAGGUAGUUCUGAAAACGGAACUCUAGGUAGUUCUGAAAACGGAACUCCAGGUAGUUCUGAAAACGGAACUCCAGGUAGUUCUGAAAACGGAACUCCAGGUAGUUCUGAAAACGGAACUCCAGGUAGUUCUGAAAACGGAAAUGAUGAAUCUGCAGAGAAACUGGAACUGGACCCCAUCGAGACCACACAUGGCCCUGUGCGAGGAGUCCGAAGCGAGUCCGUAGAUAUAAUUAGUUACUUUGAUAUACCUUACGGAAGAUUCAACAAUAGUUUUGAUGCUCCAACGACUCCAGAUUCUUGGGAAAAAACGCUGCAAAAUAUGGAACACACCGUCAGAUGUCCUCAACUGUAUGGAGACACUUUCGUGGGAGAUUCCAAUUGUUUGACCCUAAGCGUAUUCAGCCGUGAGAACGUCACCGAUGCCAGUGUGUUAUUUUAUAUUCACGAAAGCAAUUUUAAUACAGGAAGUGGAGAUUCUGCCAUUUACAUUCCCAAAGAUUUAGUCAAUAGGAACGUUACACUUGUGCUACCGAAUUAUCGUCUUGGUCCUCUUGGAUUUUUGUGUUUACGAAACAGCACUGCUCCUGGCAAUGCUGCUUUGAAAGAUCUGAUUCUGGCUUUGGAAUGGACAAAAAACAAUAUAAGGAAUUUUGGUGGCGAUCCAUCGAACAUAGCAAUUAGUGGCGAUGGCGCUUCGGCUGCAUUGGUCGGGUAUUUGGCACUAUCUCCGAAAACUAGAAACUUCACUAGCAAGGUCAUCGCCGAUAGCGGCUCGGCGCUGUCUCAUUGGGCCAUAGAUAGAAACCCACUUGAUACCGCAGAAAAUCUCGCAGAAUUAAUAAGAAAUAGUACCUCAGAGGAAAUCGGUGACGAUUUAUUCAAAAAUAUUGAUGUAGAAAAACUAAUUAAAUCUGCCAAGAACACUAAAUUUAGGCCAUGCAUUGAAGAAGCAGAAGAAGGGUCGUUUUUAACUGUGACGCCUUGGGAAACAUUGUCUACGCAAAAGAUUGAGAUAUCGUUUAUAAUAGGUACAGCGAACCACGCUGGUCUAUUGGAAGCAUUGGAACAUGACGAGGACAGCGUUUCAGAGUUAAAUGAGCAUUUUACGAAUUCCUUGCCAGAUGAUUUGAGUUUUCAGAGCACAUCAGAAAUGCAAAUCGUAGGAGUCACUCUCAAAGAACAAUACUUUGGCAACGAUGAAAUAAGCUUGAAGGAUACUGAGGCGCUUUCGUUGUAUUACACAGACGCCUCGUAUCUUGGGCCUAGUCUACGAGUGGCUAGGGCGUUGAUGAAUGCGGGUGCAAGCGUCUUUUUGUACGAGUUUUCUUUUGUUGGGGCUUUAAACAAGCAGCUGGUGUCGAUGGAGAACGCGCCGAGACACGGGGCGGUGCGGGGAGACAUCGUGGGGUACUUGUUCCCGGCCGCACUCGUUGGAGCUCGAAGCGAAGGGACAGAUGACCAGGAACAGCGCAUUGUCGAUAUGCUGGCAGAUUUGUGGGUCAGCUUUCUUCAAACUGGGCAGCCUUCGGCUGAAGGCGUGGAGUGGAAGCCGCUGAGCGCCGCCGAGGAGUUCCUGUCCAUCGGCAACGAGACCAGCCUGGCCUGCGGGCUUCACCCCGAGCGCCUGGACCUCUGGACCGAGAUCUACCGUCUGCACUUCGUGGACAGAAACGCUGCUAUUCCCUUUGGAUUUAGCAACUGUCUAAUUGCGGUUGCCCUUAUUUUGGGGAUGACGAACUUUUGUGUAGAGUAACUUUAUAGUUUGGUCGGUUGGUGGGGUGACAGAUUAAAUUCAAAAUCAAAUCUUACCCAUUUUUUUUAUAUUCAAAAGUUUUAGGGUUCCGUACAAAUUCCAAUUUUAACUUCCUCAAAAUGACUUGGUUAUUUUUCUGCAAUGAAAAUCAUCAGGACUGUAUUUUAUUAACUUAACGAAUUUGUUUUAAUCACUGUCCCAUCUCAUUGACCGACACGCAAGCCAUGUACAAAUCUAGUCAAUACGAGUAUUAGUGGUAUACUUUUAGUUCAAAUAUACAAUAUUUAACCUGC